AUCAACGACAGCCGAGGAUCUCGAGCUGGCGAAUCAUGCCCGCAAUUGCCCCCCUGAACGACAUACCUCUAGCGUACUCCAUACGCGCUAAAACCGACCCCAUUUUCCCCGCCUGAGAAAAGGCUAGAGCCGCCCGUAGCUCCUGUACGGCAGUACCCCCGUGGCCCGGGUCGGGCUUGUGACGUCGAGUUGGAGACGGGGACGGCCGAGGUUAACCGAAUCCGACAACUUCACAUCGUCGCAUUCGCGUUUUCUAGAGGUGGUUGCCUACCUAGGUGUAGUCUUCCCAUUUUUCUGUCCCUUUCCUUUCAGUCUCUCUCAGUCACAGUGUCUGCUUUGUUUACUUUCGCCGUGACGAUCUCGCAAAAUGCUUGCUAGAACCCUCGUCCAGAAGCUCCCCGUUGGCGCUCGCGCCUUCAGCUCGACAUGCGCCCGCAACGCUGCCGAGGUCAAGAGGCUCGGUGUCGUUGGCGCCGGCCAGAUGGGCCUGGGCAUCGCCCUCGUCGCCGCCACCAAGGCCAGAGUCCCCGUCACCCUUGUGGAUGCCUCUGAAACGUCUCUGGACAAGGGCCUCGCAUUCGCCGACAAGCUCCUCAGCAAGGACGUGGCCAAGCAACGCAUCACUCAGGACGAGGCGGACGCCGCCCGCGCGCUCCUCCAGCCCACCACCAUCCUCGAGGACCUGGACAGCGUCGAUUUUGUCAUCGAAGCCGUGCCCGAGAUCCCCUCGCUCAAGUUCGACAUCUUCUCCAAGCUGGCCGAGAUCUGCCCCAAGCACGCCAUCCUAGCCACUAACACCUCCUCCAUCUCCAUCACGCGCAUCGCCGCCUCAACCACCAAGGACCCCAACGACACCUCCAACAGCUCGCGCGUCGUGUCCACGCACUUCAUGAACCCGGUGCCCGUUCAGAAGGGCGUCGAGAUCAUCAGCGGCCUGCAGACCAGUCAGGAGACGCUUGACACGGCCGUCGAGUUUUGCAAGAAGCUGGGAAAGAUCCCUUCCAUCUCCAAGGACAGCCCGGGAUUCUUGGCUAACCGCAUCUUGAUGCCUUACAUCAACGAGGCCAUUAUCUGCCUUGAGACUGGCGUUGGCGACCGCGACUCUAUCGAUGCUAUUAUGAAGAACGGCACCAACGUGCCUAUGGGCCCCCUCCAGCUGGCUGACUUCAUCGGUCUCGAUACCUGUUUGGCUAUCAUGAAGGUACUGUACGAGGAGACGAGCGAUUCCAAGUACAGACCGAGCGUACACUUGCGCAACAUGGUCGAUGCUGGCUGGUUGGGCAAGAAGAGUGGCAAGGGCUUCUAUGACUACCAAUAGAUGUCUGACGAGAAUAUGCAAAGGGAGAGUUUGUUAGCGAGGAAAGGGCGACAUAAAUUGAAGAGCGGCGGGCUCAUAUUAUGACAGCUUCGAUGG